CGAAACUUAAAUUUCGGUGUGUGACUACGUUAGUAUCUGCGCUUUAUCUUUGGGCCGAAGUAAUGUAUUAAACUGCGAAAACAAAAAUAUUAAACGCAAACGACAGCCCAUUUCCUUUAAGCAAAGGUCAAAGUUCACAGGAAGCUGGGGGGCUGCCAUUUUUCCCCCUGCUAACAUGUUCGAUGCUAAAAAGGCGAGGAGUGGUGGUCGCUGCUGAGUGCUUCUGUUUAUUUGGUGUUUGCCAUUCGUUUGCGUUUGUCUACCUCUGUCUACCUCUUCUGUCGUAUGCGAUAGGCUUGGUUAUUGAAUGAAAGCGGCAUGGAGAGGACAGAACACCCGUGGAAUUCCUCCUACACGUACCAGGUGAGUAAACACAGCGCCGAGAUGCUACACAACCUCAACAGCCAGAGAAAAGAUGGAGGCAGGUUUUGUGAUGUUAUCUUGCGCGUCGGAGAGGAGAGCUUCCCAGCGCACAAGGCAGUGCUGGCGGCGUGCAGCGAGUAUUUUGAGUCGGUGUUUAGCUGUCAGGCGGAAGACGACGGCCAAGGCAAGGAGCUGGAGAUGCACACGAUCAGUCCCAAAGUUUUCCGAGACAUCCUGGACUUCGCGUACACGUCUAAGAUCGUGGUGCGUCUGGAGUGCUUUCCGGAGCUUAUGACCGCGGCGAAGUUUCUGCUUAUGCGAUCUGUCAUCGAGAUCUGUCAGGAGGUCAUCAAACAAUCCAACAUGCAGAUCCUCGUGCCUCCUUCACGAGGAGGCGAGCACAGCCUGUUCAGGGCCGCGGAGCAACUGUCAUACCCCCUUCCCGUGGACAUGUCAAACGGGAGCGUGUCCAGCGGCGCAGUGUUUACCGACAACAACGACAGCGACAGUGCCGAUCCGACGCAGCCAAGUAACAGCUCACAGCCGGCCGCUUCCGGAGCACAAGCGGCCGAUCGCUUAGCGGUUUCCCCGCUGGAGUUUCCCAGCAGCCACCUCAAUAACGACGGCUCUAAGCGAGGCAGAGGGAGACCCAAAAAAGAGCCCACGACAGAGCCGAUCACUUACAACAACAGCACUGCUCAAAACGAAAACAAGGGGAUUUUCUUGUGCGGGGUUUGUGGUAAGAUGUUUCCCGACGACGUCCAGUUGAGAAACCACGAGACGCAGCACGGGACGUUCACCGGCGGCGUGCACACCGGACCGGAGCUGGUCGCUGUGGACGGCCCGACGAUGACCUCUCCUCCCCAGGCGCGGUUUCAGGAAAACGGACUGCCCGCGGACAACCGUAAACGCGAGAGGACGAGACGACACGUCGCGUGUGAUCUUUGCGGGAAGGUCUUCCGAGACGUCUACCACCUCAACCGGCACAAACUGUCACAUUCGGGCGAGAAACCGUACGCGUGUCCGGUGUGCGGGCUGCGCUUCAAACGCAAAGACAGGAUGUCUUACCAUGUGCGGUCUCACGACGGCUCGGUGGGUAAACCGUAUGUCUGUCAAAGCUGCGGGAAAGGUUUCUCCAGGCCAGAUCAUCUGAAUGGACAUAUUAAACAGGUUCACACCACAGAGAGGCCUCACAAGUGUCAGAUUUGCAACGCAUCUUUCGCAACAAGAGAUCGCCUGAGGUCGCACCUGGCAUGCCAUGAAGAUAAGAUACCAUGUCAAGUGUGUGGGAAAUUCCUCCGGGCUGCCUACAUGACCGACCACUUGAAAAAACACAGUGAAGGACCUCAUAACUACUGUGGAAUAUGCAACAAAGGUUUUUCUACUGCAUCCUACUUAAAGGUGCAUGUAAAAACGCACCACAGCUCGUCCAUGCUCCCUUCCUCUGCAGCACAUCAGUUCCCUGAAGCACGUACCAACAGACCACAGAUGCACAACGGUGCCCCCUACCACUCAGGACGCCAGUGCGCAGUGGAAGACCUUUGCACCAAUCACCGGCUCGUGGUUACCUUUCCCGAGACAGAGGGGUCUUUUCAGGGGCUAGCUGGGCCAAUUCUACCCCAGCCCAUCCCUCCGAGCCUGGGCCUGAAGCCUGAGCUGCUCCUGGGCAAGCCAGGUCCAACUCCCUAUUUUUGGGAGUGCCGCUCUUCUGGAGCACCAGGGUUUCCACUUCAUGGACCUCUUACAGACGGGCAGGAGAAUGCUGGGAAAUGCCCCCAUCAGGACUCUGAUGGAUCGGAUGCAGUUUUCGGUGACCUUUCCAAUGGAACGGACCUCAAGACGGAACAGAAAGUAGAGGGAGAAGAAAUGGAGGUGACAUCUUUUAUCUUUAACGGCCAACCUGAGGAUGCAGUGACCUCGCCGGGGGGAUCCAAAAACAUCCAAAACACAGACCAAGAAAAGAAGUUUGCCUGUGGCGACUGCGGCCAGACCUUCCGCACAAAGUCUUACCUCAACAAGCACCAUCACCGGGUUCAUAAGAAACGUGCUGCGGCCCUGUCCGGCCUCAGUGAUCUCGGCUCACCCUUUUCCCCCCAACAGAAUAUGUCACUUCUUGAAUCCUUUGGCUUUCAGAUCGUCCAGUCAGCCUUUGCCUCCUCACUAGUGGACUCUGAGAUGGGCAGCAGUGGAAUGGGUUUAGGGGAGAAAUGACCCCUUUGAGAUGCAAACAUUUCUUCUAACCUUAUUGGACAACCAAACUUUUCAUAACUGCGAGUUUAGUCUGUUGUCUCAUACUCCUUGACGCCA